UGUCAAGUUGGUUGUCAAUUGUCAACAAACAAACAUGGCAGCCACUCCGUCUACCACGGUAUCCGAAAUUCUGAAAAGUAAAUCGCAGUUUGAAGAGGAUGAGCCAAAAAAGAAAUCGAGGGAGGAAUGGCGAAAAGCAAAAGAACUCGAGGAGGCUCGAAAGGCUGGCACAGCUCCUGCUGCUGUAGACGAAGAGGGUCGUGACAUCAAUCCCCACAUUCCUCAGUACAUUUCCAGUGCUCCUUGGUAUUAUGGUACCAAGGGUCCAACUUUGAAGCAUCAAAGACCUCAAGAGGAUAAGGAGAAACAGUUUUCGAGACUCGAUGAAUGGUACAAACGAGGAGUCGACAAAAGCCAUGUGGCCACAAAAUUUAGGAAAGGGGCAUGUGAAAACUGCGGGGCUUUGACCCACAAGAGGAGGGAUUGCAUGGAGAGACCAAGAAAGAUUGGCGCUAAGUACACGGGCCUUGCAAUUGCUCCAGACGAAUUUUCCCAGCCUAAUCUAGCAGUAGAUUAUGAUGGAAAAAGAGACCGAUGGAACGGUUAUGACCCAGCCGAGCACAAAACCAUAGUCGAGGAGUUCCAAAAAGUUGAGGAAGCUAAACGCAAACUCAAAGCUGAAAAACUAAAAGCGGAUGGAGAUGAGGACAAAGAGGGCGAAGGUGAUGAUGCUGAUGACGAUGAAGAGGACGAAGACAAAUAUGCUGAUGAUUUUGACAUGCCUGGCACUAAAGUUGACAGCAAGCAGAGAAUCACGGUGCGAAACUUGCGUAUUCGAGAAGAUACGGCAAAAUACCUGCGCAACUUAGACCCCAACUCUGCCUACUACGAUCCCAAAACUCGUUCCAUGAGGGACAAUCCAAAUGAAAAAGAGCAAGAAGAAGUUGACGAGGAUGAGUUCGUUGGUGAGAAUGCUGUCAGAUUUUCUGGAGACACAAGAGGACACGCUAAGGCACAAAUAUUUGCUUGGGACGCGCAUAAUCGCGGAGUUGAUGUUCAUCUUCUGGCAGAGCCUACUAAGUUGGAGCUUCUUCAGAAAGAAUACGAGUCGAAGAAAGAGUCGUUCAAAUCGGAGGCACAGAGCUCUAUCCUGGCCAGAUAUGGUGGUGAGGAGCACCUGAAAGCCCCUCCAAAGUCACUUCUGCUCGCUCAGACGGAAACAUAUAUCGAGUACUCGAGGUCGGGUCGAAUAGUGAAGGGUCAGGAGAAACAAGUCAUUCGAUCCAGAUACGAAGAGGACCAGCUUAUCAACAAUCACACUUCGGUUUGGGGCUCAUAUUGGAAGGAUGGAACCUGGGGUUUCAAAUGUUGUCACUCAUUUAUUAAGAAUUCCUAUUGUGUUGGCGAGUCUGGCAGAAAAUCCUCAGAGGCAAUGAUGCCUCCUCCUAACCCAGUAGCAGAAGUGAGCAAGGUAGAAGAGUUAGUGGAGAAAAAGAGGAAGCACUCGGCUGAGGAAAGCUCUUCUGGAAGUUCGUCGUCUUCCUCAGCAGAGGAUGAUGGAAUUGAUGAGGAGGAAAAGAAGAAGCUGGAAAUGAAAAUCCGCAAGAAGCUGAAGAAGAAGCAGAAGAAGUUGCAGCGGAAGGCAAAGAAACAGAAGGGCGCCGAUGCAAAGAAUGAGGAAACAGAUGAGAAGUCCGAGGACUUUGAGCUUGAUGAACGGAAAAGAAAGUACAACAGCAUGUAUGACGUCAAAGCUCCCACUGAAGAAGAAAUGGAAAGCUAUUACAAGAACAGGAAGCAAUUUGAUGACCCUAUGCAGCACUUGUAGAUUAUUUUUAGUAAAUAUAUGUUUUAAUGCAAUUA